AGGCGGGAUAUUUUGUACUCCACUGCUGGACCAAGCCUGCUGCCUGGCUGGUAUUGAAGGGGACAUCCGCUUCAAUGCAGUGGUUGACACAAACAAUUCUGGAUUCCGGUACUUUUGAAAUGUGGCCAGAAACAACAAACUGCCUGCGUUAGUUAGGAAAUGUGGCGUAUGAAAUGUGGUGCAGCCUCAUUUUAAACAGCAGUCGAUUGGCAAGAUUGUUUGACAGAGGACAUGUGCCAGCAGGAAGUCACUUACUAGGAGACAAGGCGGGUGAGAGCGACCUGGUGGUGUUGAGGCACGAAAUAACACCAAACUGGCCGGACGGAUCCACUGAAGUCAAGGGAAUCACACUGGUCGAAUACGGAAAUCCCAACGGGUACAGCGCCAUGGCUCGCACAGUGGGCCUUCCAGCGGCGAUGUGUACGAAGAUGGUGCUCGGAGGGGAGAUCCAAACACGGGGCUGUGUGUUACCGCUCAAACGCGACAUUUACCAAACAGUGCUGGCUCGCUUGAGGCAGGAAGGCAUCCAGGCUAACACCGCUUCUACCUUUGUGUGAUUAUGUGUUUGGAACUGUGUUUGGAGGAUUAUUGUGUGUUUGGAUGUGUUUGGAAGUGUUUGGAGGAAAAAUUGUGUGUUUGGGUGUGUUUUGAAUGCGUAUGACAGUGUUUCGGUGUGUUUUGAGUGUGUUUGUAAGAAAUAUGUCUGUUUUUGGGUGUACUUGAAUGUGUUUGGGUGUGUUUGGAAGUGUUUGGAA